AAAUGGAGGAGCUUUGAGCCAAAAAUUAAUGUGUUUCAAAAAUUAGCUUAAUUUGCCCGCCACCACUCUAAAACCUCCCUCUCCUACAAAUUUUGACAAACAAAAACCCUACUUUCAGUUCUACUUCACUCUCCCGGCGCUCUCCCCGGCGCUCUCUCCGAACAUAGAUUCACUAUCUCAUCAAUUCACACAUCUCAUUCAUACAAUAAGAUCUCAAUUUCAAAAAUCAGCCGUUCAAAUAAGAAAUUUCAAAAAAACCCUAAAAUUUGUUGAAGUUCGAUCAAUUCUAGAGUUUUUGUUCGGCUAACAAUGUCGUGGGAAGAGGAGGUUGUGCUGCGUGACGUGACGAGUGCAGGUAUUGCAGUGAGCGACCGCAUUGUGAGAGAAGUAGCAUCUCAGCUUGACCUAGAAGAAGCUCUAGAAGCUUCUAGAUACACCAGUCAUCCUUAUUCCACUCACCCUAGAGAGUGGCCUGCUCUUAUCGAGGUUGGUGACACAUGGGAGUUGCCUCCUGUACUUAUUGAAAGAUAUAAUACGGCUGGUGGUGAAGGGACAGCUUUAUGUGGUAUUUUCCCGGAAAUUCACCGAGCUUGGGCUUCUGUUGAUAAUUCUUUGUUUCUAUGGCGUUUUGAUAAGUGGGAUGGACAAUGUCCUGAAUACAGAGCAGAGGAACAAGCCAUCUGCGCUGUUGGUCUUGCUAAAGCUAAACCUGGUGUUUUUGUCGAAGCCAUUCAAUAUUUGUUAGUUUUAGCUACUCCUGUUGAGCUGAUUCUUGUCGGUGUAUGUUGUUCUGGAGGGGGAGAUGGUGCUGAUCCAUUUGCAGAGAUUUCACUACAGCCUUUGCAAGAGUACACAGUCCCGUCUGAUGGUGUUACAAUGACUUGUAUUGCAUGUACUGAUACGGGUCGUAUCUUCCUGGCCGGUCGUGAUGGUCAUGUUUAUGAGUUGCAUUACACCACUGGUUCAGGGUGGCAUAAGAGAUGUCGUAAGGUUUGCCUUACUGCUGGGUUGGGUAGUGUCAUCUCAAGGUGGGUUGUCCCAAAUGUAUUUAAGUUUGGAGCUGUUGAUCCCAUCGUUGAAAUGGUUGUUGACAAUGAGAGACAAAUUUUAUAUGCACGAACUGAGGAGAUGAAGCUUCAGGUUUUCCUUCUAGGGCCAGAUGGAGAUGGUUCACUGAAGAAAGUGGCAGAAGAAAGAAAUUUGAUCAGUCACAAGGAUACACAUUAUGGAGGUAGACAGUCAACAGGACCAAGAGCCUCAAGUAGAUCAGCAAAACCAUCUAUAGUUAGCAUUUCACCUCUAUCCACAGUGGAAUCCAAAUGGUUGCACCUUGUCGUUGUUUUAUCUGAUGGGCGAAGGAUGUACCUGUCUACUACUUCAUCUGCUGGAAAUAAUGGUACAGUUGGCGGUUUUAGUCGAUUCAAUCAGAGACCAAACUGCUUAAAAGUAGUAACAACUAGGCCCUCUCCUCCCAUAGGCGUCAGUGGUGGACUUACCUUUGGAGCUGUAUCUCUUGCCAGUAGAAAUCCAAAUGAGGAUCUCACACUAAAAGUUGAAACAUCUUAUUAUUCUGCUGGAACUCUUAUUCUUUCUGAUUCAUCCCCACCAACUAUGUCUUCUCUUGUCAUUGUGAACAGAGACUCAACUUCACAAUCGUCUGCUUCAGGUAGUUUAGGUGCAAGCCCAAGGGGUUCUCGAGCUCUAAGAGAGAUUGUGUCUUCUCUACCUGUUGAAGGCAGAAUGCUUUUUGUGGCUGAUGCAUUACCUUUACCAGAUACAGCUGCCACUGUGCAGUCAUUAUAUUCAGAACUGGAAUUUUUUGGUUUCGAAAGCUCAGUGGAGUCCUUUGAAAAGUCAUCUGGAAAGCUUUGGGCUAGAGGUGAUCUUUCGACCCAGCAUAUUCUUCCAAGGCGAAGAAUUGUUGUUUUCAGUACCAUGGGUUUGAUGGAAGUAGUUUUUAACAGGCCUGUCGACAUUCUGAGGAGGCUGUUUGAGUCCAAUUCACCUAGAUCAAUCUUGGAAGAUUUUUUCAAUCGUUUUGGAGCUGGUGAGGCAGCCGCAAUGUGUUUAAUGCUAGCUGCUAGGAUAGUUCAUUCUGAGACUCUUAUAAGCAAUGUUGUUGGUGAGAAAGCAGCAGAAACAUUUGAGGAUCCAAGGGUUGUUGGAAUGCCACAACUUGAUGGUAUGAAUGCACUAUCAAACACUAGAACAACAACUGGUGGUUUUAGUAUGGGACAGGUUGUUCAGGAGGCUGAGCCUGUAUUUUCAGGUGCAUAUGAAGGACUAUGCUUGUGCUCAUCAAGGUUACUUUUUCCUCUCUGGGAAUUCCCUGUUUUUGUCAGCAAAGGUGGAUCAGUUUCAUCCAGUGCUGCAUCUGAAAGUGGGGUAGUCACUUGCAGACUCUCUUCUGAGGUUAUGAAGGUCCUUGAAAACAAAAUUCGCUCUUUAGAGAAAUUCUUGAGGUCCCGGAGGAACCACAGAAGGGGGCUUUAUGGCUGUGUAGCUGGUUUAGGAGAUAUGACUGGUUCUAUAUUGUAUGGAGGUGCUUCAGACUUGGGUACGAGCGACAGAAGUAUGGUGAGGAACUUAUUCGGUGCAUACUCAAGGAAUGUUGAGUCUGCUGUUGGUGGGACAUUGAAUAAAAGGCAGCGGUUACCUUAUAGUCCUGCAGAGUUGGCUGCCAUGGAGGUCAGGGCAAUGGAGUGUAUCAGACAAUUACUUCUUCGAUCUGGUGAAGCUUUAUUUUUGCUACAGCUUCUUAGUCAGCAUCAUAUUGCACGCUUGGUUCAGGGCUUUGAUGCUAAUAUACUACAGACAUUGGUGCAAUUAACAUUUCAUCAGCUAGUUUGUUCUGAGGACGGUGAUCGUGUUGCUACGAUGUUAAUAUCUGCGCUAAUGGAGUAUUAUACUGGUCCUGAUGGAAGAGGCACAGUGGAUGAUAUUAGUGGGAGACUACGGGAGGGCUGUCCAAGCUAUUUCAAGGAGUCAGAUUACAAAUUUUUCCUGGCUGUGGAAUGUCUUGAACGAGCUACUUUAACUCCAGACCCCGUGGAGAAGGAGAAUCUUGCUAAGGAAGCCUUCAACGCCUUAAGCAAAGUUCCAGAGUCCGCAGAUUUAAGAACUGUUUGCAAAAGAUUCGAGGACUUGAGAUUUUAUGAAGCCGUGGUGCGGUUGCCUCUGCAGAAGGCUCAGGUUCUUGAUCCUGCUGGUGAUGCUUUCAGUGACCAAAUCGAUGCAGCAAUUAGGGAACAUGCACGUGCUCAGCGUGAACAAUGCUAUGAGAUAAUUACUAGUGCUUUACGUUCUCUAAAAGGGGACACACCGCAAAGGGAGUUUGGAUCUCCAGCGAGACCUUCUCCCGUGCGGUUAGUGCUUGAUCAGGCUUCUCGACGGAAAUAUAUAUGCCAGAUUGUUCAGCUGGGUGUCCAAUCCCCAGACAGAUUGUUUCAUGAGUAUCUGUACCGGACUAUGAUUGAUUUGGGCCUUGAAAAUGAGCUGUUGGAGUAUGGAGGGCCAGAUUUAGUGCCUUUCUUACAGAAUGCUGGCCGUGAAACUUUACAAGAGAUGCGGGCUGCAACUUCUUCCACUGGCCGUUCAGGUGCACCCAUCAAUGCUAAUCAAGCAAAAGCCUUUGAUCUUUUGGCACGGUAUUAUGUUUCGAAGCGGCAGCAUAUGCUUGCAGCUCACAUAUUGCUUAGACUGGCCGAAAGACGUUCAACUGAUACAAGAGAUGUUCCUACUCUUGAACAAAGGCGCCAAUACUUAAGCAAUGCCGUUCUGCAGGCUAAGAAUGCAAGCGACAGUGGUGAUUUGGCAGGUUCCACAAAGGGUGCCUUAGACAGUGGAUUGCUAGAUUUACUUGAAGGGAAGCUUGCAGUGCUUCGAUUUCAGAUUAAAAUAAAAGAUGAACUGGAGGCUGUAGCUUCCAGGUUAGAAUCUUCAUCUAGCAUGUCUGAGUCUGAACAAAAUGGACCAGUCCCUGAUAACAAUGCAAAUCCAGAGUAUGCAAAAAUUGCACUAGAAAAAGCCAAAGAGCUAUCAUUGGAUUUGAAAAGCAUAACGCAACUAUAUAAUGAAUAUGCAGUUCCUUUUGAACUCUGGGAGAUAUGCCUGGAGAUGCUCUAUUUUGCAAACUAUUCUGGUGAUGCUGAUAGCAGUAUUGUAAAAGAAACCUGGGGAAGGCUGAUUGAUCAAGCUCUUUCAAGGGGUGGGAUUGCUGAAGCUUGUUCAGUGCUGAAGAAGGUUGGUUCUCACAUGUAUCCGGGAGAUGGAGCCAUUUUACCAUUAGACACACUCUGUCUUCACCUUGAGAAGGCUGCACUGGAGAGAUUGGAGUCAGGGAUUGAAGCUGUUGGAGAUGAAGAUGUAGCAAGAGCUCUCCUUGCUGCCUGUAAGGGUGCAAUUGAACCAGUACUGAAUGCAUAUGAUCAGUUGUUAUCAAAUGGAGCUAUUUUGCCCUCUCCCAACCUUAGGUUGCGUCUCCUUCGAUCAGUGCUACUCAUACUCCGAGAAUGGGCCAUGUCUAUAUUAGCACAGAGGAUGGGUACUACUACAAGUGGAGCUUCUUUAAUAUUAGGCGGAACACUGUCACGGCAGCAAACAAUGAGCAUUAAUCAAGGGAUUCGGGAUAAGAUCACAAGUGCAUCAAACAGGUACAUGACUGAGGUGAGGAGGUUACCCCUUCCUCAAACCAAGACCGAGGCGGUUUACCGAGGAUUCCGAGAACUUGAAGAGUCAUUGAUAAGUUCUUUUUCUUUCGAUCGACUCUAAUUCUUUUAUAUCCAUUAUUUUAUGUUGUACGAAAUGUGUUCUCUCUCCCCUCGAAUAAUAAAAAAAUCAUUAGUUUUAGUAUGUGCUCCUGUAACCAUAUGCUUCCAAUUUGUCUGUUCAAAUGUAAAAUUAACCCUUUUUUUAUAUAAAAAAACACAAUAGAAAUUUAAAUUC